AUGCCGCCGUUCUUUCUAGCACUUCGUAACAAACACGGACAUCAUUCUGACGAGGUUCUUGUUAAAAAUCCGGAACAUCCUGCCAAGUUUGAUGUCUCGACUGAACUUGAACGCCAAGUUACUCAUGUUCCACUUCGCUUUGUGAAGUCUGCGAAGUUACUUGUUCAACAAUUACGAAUUCGUGACUCGACUUUAGGAAAGUUGACAGAUGUUUCUGCUAGCGAACAGGUCGAACGAUCUGAGGACGUCACUGAUGCUACUACUGAUAGCAUUCAAUAUGGAGAUUAUUCACUUGGUGGCUCAAAGCACCAAGCCAAGUCCGAAAUUGAACAAUUACAGCAUUGUUCUCCAGAGAUUAAAAGCAAGAAUGGAGGGAAAUGUAUCAGACAAUUGCCUCUUCUCAUCAGAGACGACGACCGUGUAAUUUCAAGGCGUUGUUCUUGGCAGGAGCGACGCAAGUACGGCGGAAGGUUUGUCUCUCAUGAGUGGCAACCCACACCUCGCUCCUGGGUCGUGAAUGAGAAUACUGCUCUUUCCUCAGUCUACACGCUCAUGCCCACUUCUACUCAUCUGCCUGAGGUCAUCAACACUUGUUCCUACGAUAGUGGGGCCAAGAACGAUGGAAGAUGCCCCAAAGGAUUAGUAAAUGGUCUCAAGCCAGCAGAGAACAAACCAAUUUCUAUUUUGGUUAGGCCACCACCUGUCGAUCCCAAUAGGAAACAGCAAUCACGGGAAGCAGCAGUAGACGAGGAGACCAGUGUCAAAUAUAGACCCUAUAAGGCAGAUUGGUGUAGACACGGUUGGGUCCGUACCACUGAUGGUUGGUGUAUCUAUCGGGGUAGCUUUGGGCGCCGGACGAUCAGACCGGAAAUUUUCAAUGAUCCAGCCGCUUCUAAAAGAUUGGUAUCUUCAGAAAAACAGCGUCGUGAAGCGAAAACAAAUGGACCACCUAAACUCGAACCCAGACCCUUUCAGGCUGCAUCAUGUCCAGAGUUUUGGGGCAAAAAACGUCGCAAUGAUGGUGUGAGCAACGAGGCCAAAGAAACUAACACUGUCCAGGACGACUCAUUUCAUUGGAUCAUAAACGAUAACGGUGUCUGUGUUCCCGAAAGCACAAUGUGGGCUGAUGAUGAAGAUCCGGGAUUCUAUUCGGGAAUUCAUUCACCAUUUGACUCAGGGCUUGAUACAGUCGAGUCCAUAAAUUCAGGUAUUGCAGAAGAUUGCAUGGGUGCAGCCUUUCCGGCUUCUUCGUGCCCAUCUCCUUGGAAGUACGAUGAUGGCUGGUGCAUGUGGCUUGGUGAUGGUAUCGAUCCCGAUUGGAGGAGAUCAUUUCUCGAGCUUGUUGGGCUAAACUUUCAACGUCGUAAUAAAGCUGAAGGCCAGAAGACACAGGUUCUUUCUUCACUGACUAGUAACGGGCUUCCAUCUAACAUAGAACAUAAACUUUCUGUUGCAACAUCGUCAUCAAAGCAUCCUGCAACUACCACUACUACACAUACUUCUAGUUCCAAUUCUGUCUCUACCGCCAUCUCCCCUACUAACACUCACCCUUCCGCCACAGUUGGAAAGUGUGACCCCCCUUGGAUUCGUACUAUGGAUGGUCGGUGCUUUUUUGAUCCCAAUUAUGAACGCAAGCAUCCUCAUGAUCCAUUGUCCCGGCCUCGAAAGACAAUCCGGCAACGACGCGGUGAAUCUAUAAGCGAAGAGCGUGAAGAGCUUGAUGUUGCUCCAAGUUGGCAAGCUGAUUCAUGUGAGCCGCCCUGGGUUCGUACUAAUGAUGGGUUGUGUAUAUAUAGACCAGACUACAAGCAAGGAACACAUGCCUCUCUGCCCAACAAUACACAACAAUUCAAUACCACGAACCAGUCCAAUGACACACCACAACCCAGUGUAACGGAAAAACCAGAUGUAACAAAUCAAUCAACUGCUACAGCACAACCAACUCCCAUGGAGACAGUAACUCGCAUCCGCCACUGCAUCAAUGACUUACGAGGAAAUCUUCAAUGCUUUGAUGAGUCGCCUGGACCUUGGCCUACAACUACAGGAGUUUCGUCAGCCCGUCAUCGUCGAGGCCUUUGGCCCGCAGAUUGGGUACCACAAACACCAAGCGACUGUGAUCGUUUUCUCGGAAACACAUUUAAGCACUACCAGUGUCUCCAAUCGGUUAAACACAAAAAUGUCGGAUUAAAACUCAUCAUGGCUUUCCUACUUCUAGCUGGAUUUGGUUCUCUUGUAUUCCUCAUCAUCACUUGUGUUAAUCGAGCUGCAUGUCCGAAAGCUCAGCCGUUCAGACAAAUGAGCGGGACUGUCGAUGCAAAUGGUAUGAUUCAACAUUCAACACCUUUGUGCAACAAUUAUCCUUGGAAUAACAAAAAAGAUACAACAAAUGUAAUGGACGGAGAUCGAUGGGCUAGGGGUCCGCCUGCUUACGAUCCCUUGAGACAAUUAAGUCCAGAGCAUUCGGGUAGUCUAGUCGCUUGUACCAGGGAGAAUAAUUGCGCAAGUGGUAGUUCGGAUUCGAAUCAGAGUUGGGUUAGAAAAUUGUGUAACAACUGUUUCAAGAGUCGAACCAAUUCGUCGGCCUCAGAUAGAGAAGCACAAGCUGGAAGUGUGGGAAACGGGUUGAGGAAAAAUAAUCAUAGGAUUGAUACGCUGAGAUUGCCAAGUGCAAAGCUGGCGACGGUAAGGAGGGCAAGUGGAUUACCGAGUGACGAGAAUGGAGAUGUGUUCGUGGGUGGAAGUACGGAGACAGUGGUGAUUGGAAGUGUAGGGAAGGGGUCGGGGAGUGCGGUGGGUAUGAGGGGUUCGGAUAGUGGUUCUGCUGAUGUUGCAGCUGCUGGUGCGGGUGGUUUGAUGAAAUUGGGAAAUCUUAGUGGUGAUACGCUUGUGGAGCCAGAACCGGCGAUGUUAGAGUGUAGGAGUGGCAAGGAUGGAAAGGAUGGAAGGGAUAUCGGAAUUGUGGAGAUGGGGGGUGGCUUAAAGACGGGAAAUGGCAAUGCGAAGAAGGUGGAGUUUGGGGGAGGAGAGGAAUUUGAAGAGGUGCGUGGUUGGAGGGAUGUUCAGAGGGUUGAACCGUUGAAGGUUGAGAAGGUUGAUAAGGAGAAUGUGAAUGUGAAGAAGAUGGGAGAGGGUGAGAGAAAGGGUGAUGAGGUGGAGAUGAUGUUGAUGACGGUCGAGGAGGAGGAGAAUGAUGAGAAUGAGAGAAGAGGCGAAUUUGAGAGGAGGUCUAGUAUUGUUUGUGUUAGUGGAUGUUAG